GCUCAUUUUCAGCGACGCGUGCAACAUCACGGCUAUACUCCAGUCCGACGUGCGCCUCGCUUCGGCAACUUCGAGAAGCCUCGGGAGGGGAGUUGCGUGCACAGCCCAGUUCCUCCGUACAAACUCAAUGACAGGAUCGGAAGCGCUGAUUUCUCUCCAUCGUCCGGACAUUUGAUAGCAGAAAAAGAGGGCAGAGAAGACGUUGGGGAGGAUGUGCAAUGAUUUAGAACUCAAAUAAUCAUAAUAAUAAUACGAGAAACCACCGCGGUGCCGAAGAGGAAGAGGAGGAAGGUUCUGUCAUCGCCCCUGCCAUUGGCGUAGUAAUAUUCAUAAUAAGGUUGCCAGGACCCUGUCAGCUCUCCUGAGUCUUUCUUGGUUAUCUGAGUGAGGUCUCAAUCCAUCACUCGCACCAUUUCCACCACAUGGUAGUUCACAUCAGAGAAAUGGCCUGGGUGAAGGUCUUGCUCUUGUUGUCCCUAUUUGGAUGGGAAAAGUCUCUGGGACUCAACUGGAACCCAAUCCCACGCAAGACCGUGCGGUAUCAGGAUGUUUUGGACAGCAUGGCCAGGUUCAGCAUUCAGGGAGUGUUCAACUACAGCAUGCUGACACUGUCGGACCAUGAGAGAGUUUUGUACGUUGGAGCACGUGAAACACUGUUUGCCUUGGACCCCAAUGAUAUUAGCAGACAGCUCCGGCCACAGAUUGACUGGCCAGCUCCAUUGGACAAGAAGAGGGAGUGUGUCAUCAAGGGGAAGAGCAACCAGACCGAGUGCUUCAACUACAUCCGCUUCCUGCAGAGCUAUAACCAUACACACCUCUACACGUGUGGCACCUACGCCUUUCAACCCAAAUGCACCUAUGUGAAUGCAGAUUAUUUCAGUCUCAGCACUGUUGUCCUGGAAGAUGGGAAGGGCAAAUGUCCAUAUGACCCCGCAAAGGGCCACACUGGCCUCAUAGUAGACAAGGAGCUGUACUCCGCCACGCUCAACAACUUCUUGGGAACUGAGCCAGUCAUACAAAGGAACUUGGGCCAACAGCACUAUAGUAUGAAGAGUGAAUACUUGCCUGCCUGGCUCAAUGAACCAGACUUUGUGGGCUCAGCUUUGGUUCGAGAAAGCAGCAACAGUAAGGAGGGAGACGACGACAAAAUCUACUUCUUCUUUAGUGAGCGAGCGUUGGAGCUGGACUGUGACACUGAGCUCAAUGUGGCGAGAGUGGCUCGUGUCUGCAAGGGUGAUCUUGGUGGUAGCCGGACGCUGCAGAAAAAAUGGACCACCUUCCAAAAGGCCCGUCUGGACUGCUCCCUCCCCGAGCGUCAUGUCUCCUUCAACAACCUCCGGGCUGUCUUCACGCUGCCGGGGCAAGACUGGAGAGGGACUACUUUCUUUGGCAUCUUUCAUGCUCAAUGGGGUGACGUGGACGUGUCGGCGGUAUGUCAGUACCAGAUCAGUGAUGUGAAGAAGGUGUUUGAAGGCUCCUACAAGGAAUACAGGGAGACAUCCCAAAGGUGGGGGCGCUACACUGGACCUGUUCCCAACCCACGGCCUGGAUCGUGUAUAACGAACUCAGACAGGGAAAGCGGCUACAACAGCUCUCUGCAGCUACCUGAUGCAACACUCAACUUUGCCAAGAAGCACCCGCUGAUGGAGGACAAAGCGCUUGCUCGCCCCCUGCUUCUCACCAAGGGUGUGAACUUCACAAGGCUGGUCGUGGAUCGGGUUACUGGUCUAGACCAAAGAGCCUACAAUGUUCUCUUCCUUGGCACAGCUGAGGGAUGGCUGCAGAGGGUGGUUAUCCUGGGCUCUGAAGCCCAUGUGAUAGAAGAAAUCCAGCUGUUUGACAUAGCCCAGCCAGUAGACAGCCUGACCAUUUCCCACUCCAAGAAGUAUGUCUACAUCGGCUCUCGUUCAGAGGUUCUCCAGUUGCCCUUAGCCAACUGCAGCCGCUAUCAGUCUCAGCCAGACUGUCUGCUCGCCAGAGACCCCUACUGCGCUUGGGACAGUGAGGGUCGAGCUUGUGUUCGCAUUGACCUCCACCGAGGAUCCACGACUUCUCUGUCACAAGACCUCAUGCUGGAAAGGUUCAGCCGAGGAAAAGCAAAGUUUGACAAGUCUGUCUCCAUCCCUAGCCCUGAACACUCUCGCCUUCGGAAUGUCACAGUGGUGGUGGGCUCAGACAUGGUGCUACCAUGCCAGUUGAUCUCCAACCUGGCUCAGUCCUUAUGGGUUGUCAACGACCGGGAGCUCCUUCUCGGUGACCCCGAGGGCGGAGGGCCACGCUUCGACCGGACCCUCAAGGCCCUCGUUGUCCCUGAAGCGGGCCAGAUCCAAGCAGGACGCUACAUCUGCUAUUCCGAGGAGCAGGGUGUGAAGUUUCAAACCGAGCGCUACCAAGUGGCUGUAGUCGCAAGUGCGCCUGUCUUCAUGGAAGCCCGUGCUCCAGACAGCAGCAUGGGGCUCUUCUGGGUGCUGGUCAUCACCCUUGGUGCAGUGUGCCUCCUGCUCCUGGUUGCAGCUCUCUACCUGCGCCGGCGACUCAAGCUGGCUCUUGGAAAGGGAGCUGAGAUGAAGCCUCUUGAAAGUACCCUGGUCUAUCCCAUCACCCUUCCGAAGGAGCCACCCACGUUUGUGCCUAGCAAAAUGUCCAACGACGAGGACCGCUUCUGGGAAACGGGUGCCAAUUAUUACUACUCAGACGGCUCACUUAAAAUUGUUCCCGGUCACGCCCUUGGGCCCAACAGCGUCAGCAGCACGGCGUCACCCAGUGCCAUUCCAGGCCAGCCCAUCCACUCCCCCAGCCGUCUCAGUCUUACCAACAUCCGAGGCUCUGGUAGCAACGGCUACAUUCGCCUGAACCUGAGCACAACAGGGGAGGAGAGGGCUAGCGGGGCUUGCGCUGGUGGCGGCGGGCUGGGCGGCCUGGGCGUGGGUGGGAAUGACUACUCGAGCCCAUUCAAAGAAGAGCUAAGACGCACUCUGCAGCAGAGGAGCGUGCUGCCCGACGCUAAUCCAGAGGAGUCGUCGGUCUAGGCGUUUCCUCCGCCGUCAUUCCGCCAUUCCCUUGAGUUGGAAAAAACAAAACAACCAACCUACCUCCCUCCUUUUGAGGAUGCCUGCUCGCUCUCUUUUUCAGUGACACGUUGCCACCUACAAAUGCUCUUUCCCUCGCCCUGCCAAUGCCUGUUUGGCUCACUGUAGACAUUUAUAGCAUGUUAAAUAUAGACUCUCACCCAUGGUUCACCAACACAUACUCAGAUAAUUAUUGUGUCAGAGCACACAAUAAUUACCAAGUCUUGGACUUUCUCUGCUUCUACUGUGGAAUGGCCAUUCGUCUAAACUGUGUAUUUAUACAGGAGUACACCGUAGGCAUGGUAAUGUUGUCUGAAGAGCACAUUUACCAGCAUUUGUGCUGGGAACAGUUGAUGGUUGGCAAGAAAGAAAUUACUACUCUACCGAGACUUCAUUUUUCAGCUUGUACUGCACUUAAACCUGGAAGCUAGUCUUCCCUUAUUUGUAAUGGUGAGCCAAGAGGAGGCUAAUUAAUGUUGAAGCAAGACAACAAUCAUUUUUGUGUAUGAGGAGCCCCGUGAAAAGGCAAGAGACAAGGAGAGAGCUACAUAGGUGACAUAAAAUGAAGACACAAGGGAGUUUCUCAAUGAAGGACAAUCUCUGUAAAUGUUUUGGCCCAAUUUCUUUUUGUCUGCUUUGUGAAUCCCAGCCUAGUUGUGAUGGUUGGUUUGAAUUAAGACAUUUCUCCAGGAUUUUUUUUUAUUAUUAUUACUUUUCUUGAGGACCACUGCAGUCUUCAAGUUGUUGUCAAGUGACUUGAGUCGACCUUUUGUGAAGAAAAAUAAGUGCUUACAUUCCUGGCCGUACCCUGCACGGUGACCUACUCAAAGUGCGUGAGAACCACAUAUUGAUGAAAAUGUGUGUUUCAAUUGAACUCUUUUGGAUAUUUGCUCAUUCCCUUGGAAAAGAAAAUGCUGUUGGCAUUCAGCAAUAAGACAAAGACUGCACACUUUUCAACAACACAAAGACAACAAGCGUGGAGAAUGUAGUUUGAAACCUCACUGUUGCGACUGCUGUGGAUGUUUCAAAAUGUGCUUAAUGUUUUGUAUAGUGACAGUGUUAACUUGCCCUGCAACGAAGGAAACUGCGACGCUCAUUCACACGCCCAAUGCUUUGAAUGUCUACAAGCCUGGACUAUAGUGUGUGACAGGAUGCCUUGAAUCCCCUCCCUUACCGAUGCCCAGAGACCAAGUUUGGGGUGGCCGUGUUGUGGAUUGGUCAGACAGAAAUUAUUACUUCCCCGCUGACAGGCUGCAGUAAGACAGCACCUUUGAAUCUGUUACAGGGGUAUUUUUGGGACAUGCCUGGAUGGCCGAGGAGAGCCAAGCAAGAAGUUAAUAUUCUGUUGUGAAACACACUGUGGACAAGGGUCUCAAAUGUUGCGUAUCCCAAAUGACCCCAUGAUAAAAGAGGUACUCGGCCGUCAGACCAACAUGUUGCAUGACCAACAGCGAAAGGACUGUACAUUUCGAUCAUCCUUGUACAAAAGCAUUUUUUGGAUUCAGCAUUUUUGGAGUUUUGAAUAUGAUACAUUAUUGUAAAACACAAAUGCUCUCUUUGGGGGAAAAAAGUCUUGAUUUUAUGGUUCAAGGAAAGGAUUUUGUUUCUUGGCUGUGUUCCAUGUGUCACGUCACCUUUGGGUAAGCCAAAGUAGACUGCAGAUUUUUUUUCUGUUGUAUUUUUCCUAAAUUAUUUUUCAGAAACAGAUCAAUAUUCAGCUGUCCGUCCACUUUGCAACCCUAAUCUGAUGUCUGCAAGCUUUCUGAAUAUUUUGACUGCAGCAAAAUGUUCCCUCAAGGGGAAAAAAAUGCCUUAAGGCUAAUGGAUUUUCUGUUUGUUUCCUGUUAACUUGUCAGCUGUGAUCAGCUGGACCUGAUUCUUGUUCCUCUUAAUGAAGGCUUACCAAUGUACCAAAAUCAUUAUUUAAUUUGUUAGCUGCCAAAAACCAAAUAUGAAGCUUCUGAUUUCAAGCAGAUCAGUGGUAGAAUGUGUGCACUUGAUAGUAUUCAAUACUUUGACAAAGUUAAAACAUCUCUGAAUACUCUGGUACUUGGUCUUGUUAUCUAGAGUUUUUCUUCUGUUAUCAGGCUUUGCUUUACUUUGCAUUUUGCAAAAAAAAAAAAAAAAAAUCAAAAGAAUGAUUGAACAAGUAGAGGUCUUUUGCUGGAGUAAAAUGCAUGUGUUUUAAGUCUUAAUCUUUUCACAUUUUUUUUCAAUCACUCCAGUGCAGUAUUUUCAUUUGUGUUCAUCCCGGUUUUCAUAUGACAUAGUUUUACUUUACAAUCUUAUUGAUCUUUUAUGUUUGUUCUUAAAGUAAUGUUAAGUAACUUAUUUCUUGUACAAACACGUUGAUAUUUAUUAUCAUUGUACAUAUGCCCUUAUUUUUUUA